GAUAAGAAUCCACAGGCGUCUCGAAUUCUGGCGAUUGUCAGUCAGAUUAUCAUUUUCUGCUGGUAUAUGGGUCCUUCAGUGAAAAUCCGGCAAAAAGAACAUUUGAUCACAUUUGCUUGCAUACUGAUCGGUGCAACGGGACCCAAUAGAUCCGCUUUCGAAGGUGAAAUAGAGGCCAUUAGGAUAGCACUAAGCCAAUUAUGUUGCCUGGAUAUGAAAUUCACCAAAGAGACCAGAAACCCCCUUAAAGCUCAAAAAAAGGAGAAACAGUGGUCAGUAAAGCUCUCCAACAUAGCCGACUGGCCAAGAAUCGAAGCCGUUGCUGAGUUUAGACUACGUAACGGACACGAUUGCCUAGCAAAGCUCCUUUACAGAUUGGGAGUAGGCACUCAACCCACAUGUCCCUAUGUAACCUACAGCCCUAAAGACAACGACGGAAACCCAGAGACCCUGGAAAGCAAGAAGACAGCUUAUGAACUGCUAUUAAUUAACUGA